AUGUCGUCCGCCGUGCCCUCCCAGAUGGUCCACAACGCGUCGCAGCGCGGCGCCGCCUCGGUCGCCUCGGCCUUUGAGAGCGCCACCAGCAACGGCUCCGUGCUGCAAAAGGCGCUGACCGCCUUCGACUACGCCACCCUCAAGAACGCCGAUCGCACCACGAUCGUCUUCACCCUCCUCGCGCUCCUUGCGACCGCGCUGAUCGCGGAGCAGUACGUCUACCAGCGCAAGAAGGGCGCGCUGCCCGGUCCCAGCUGGACCAUCCCCGUCAUUGGCAAGUUCGCCGACUCGCUCAGCCCCUCGCUCGAAAAGUACCAGGAGGGCUGGAACUCGGGUCCUCUCAGCGUCGCGAGCGUCUUCAACAUCUUCAUUGUCAUCGCGUCUUCGACCGAGUUCUCGCGAAAGAUCCUCAACAGCCCCACAUACGCCGAGCCGUGCCUGGUCGCCUCUGCCAAGAAGGUGCUCUGCCACGACAACUGGGUCUUCCUCAACGGCAAGGUCCACGUCGACUACCGCCGCGGCCUCAACACGCUCUUCACGCGCCGCGCGUUGAGCGUCUACCUGAGCAUCCAGGAGGGUAUCUACAAGCAGCACUUUGCCAAGUGGCUCAGCAACCCCAACCCCAAGCCCGAGGCGUACAUGAUGCACUUCCGCGACCUCAACAUGGAGACGUCCCUCCGCGUCUUCUGCGGCGACUACAUCCCCGAAGAAGGCGCGAGGGAGGUCUCUGAAAACUACUGGCUGAUCACGGUGGCGCUCGAGCUGGUCAACUUCCCGUUCGCCUUCCCCGGCACCAAGGUCUACAACGCCAUCAAGGCGCGCAAGAUUGCGAUGAAGUGGUUCGAGCACACUGCGCGCGAGUCCAAGAAGAGGAUGGCCGAGGGCAAGGAGGUCACCUGCCUCACCGACGCCUGGAUCAAGGCCAUGAUUGACGCCAAGGAGCAGCGCGACAAUGCCGAGCUCGAGGCCGAGACGCGCCGCGUCCUUGUGCGCGACUUUUCGGAUCGCGAGAUUGCCAUGGUGCUGCUCAGCUUCCUGUUCGCCUCGCAGGACGCCAUGACCUCGGGUCUCACCUACCUCUUCCAGCACCUGGCCGACCGUCCCGACAUCCUGCGCAAGGUGCGCGAGGAGCAGUACCGCAUCCGCGGCGACGCCAUCGACGCCCCCACCACGCUCGACAUGGUCGAGCAGAUGGAGUACACCAAGGCUGUCGUCAAGGAGAGCCUGCGCCUGAAGCCGCCGGUCAUCAUGGUGCCCUACAUGAACCACAAGGACUUCCCCAUCGACAAGGGCUACACGGUGCCCAAGGGCAGCAUGAUCAUCCCGAGCUUCUGGAACCCGCUGCACGACGAGCAGGUCUACCCGGAGCCCGACGAGCUGCGGCCGGAGCGCUGGCUCGAUGCCGAGGGCCUGGCCGAGAAGAACCCCAAGAACUACCUCGUCUUUGGCAGCGGCCCGCACAACUGCAUCGGCCAGCAGUACGCCAACAUGCACCUCACCGCCGUGCUCGGCACCGCCAGCGUGCUGCUCAACUGGGAGCACGAGGUGACGCCCCAGAGCGAAAAGGUCGAGGUCAUCGCCACCAUCUUCCCCAAGGACGGCGCCCGCAUGAAGUUUACGCCGCGAGCCGCACCCGCCCCUGGCACCGCCCCCGAGAUCGCCGCGGCGGCAUGA